AUGAAUCAUCGCACAAUAAAAAUACCUCGACUAAUCAAAAAUGUCAUCGCUCUCGUCCUGUGGUAUCUAUUUACAUUGCACAUGCAGGACUUGAUAAAGCCCGAGUUUUUGUUCACUUUGAGACGGCGUUCCCCUUUGACAGCGUGGCACCAGGGGGGACAUGUGGCAUCUGUCGAGGUGGUGCUGGACUCCGGAGACGCAACGGGUGCCUUCUUUUUGAGCACCCCGGAGGACUCCGGUCCCGGAGUGGGGCCCGAGGAGGUGUCCCGGCGUUUCGCCCUGACCCUGUCGAACCGGAUGACGGUGCUGGCCCGCUUCGGGCCCUUCUCGGUGCGCCAGACGGUGUACGCCAGCGGGGCCGUGGGGGGCCUGCCCCACAACGCCAGCGGGGACGGGGGCGGGGCCCCCGAGGCCAUGGGAGACGUGACGGCCCACCUGGUGACUGCGGCGCCCCGCAGGGACAGGCCCACCCUGCGCAUGCUCUUCCACACGGGCUCGGAGGUGGGAGCCCCGCCGGUGUGCGUGGCCCUGUACGCCCAGCACCUGCAGGAGCACCUGAUGAGCGUGUGCAGUCCCAACCGGGAUGGGGCCUGCCUGGCAGAACUAACCCUCCCGGCCUCCUGGUGGCCCCCCCUCUGGGCACAGGCUCAGAAAUCACAGAGGCCCUCCGUGGCACUCAGGUACGCCCUGCUGCGGAGCCCGUCGCUGGAGUGCCAAGGCCACUCGCUGCGGGUGUCGGGCCCCCUGGCGGCCUCGGGGGCCCCCCUGGGGCGCCUGUCGCUGUCUCCGCUGCACGGCAGCUACGAGGAGGUGAGCGGGGACGGCGUGGUGUGCCUGCUGGUGCCCCAGGGCCCCGUCUACCCGAGGGCCAAGGUAUACGUGCCUGUGCUGGUCCGCCCCAACCCAGCCUACCCCUUCAGCUCCUUCCUCAUCAGAGCCAGAGUGAAGCCGGGCCUGAGGAUCCUGCAGGUGCAGCCCACUGCCAAGAAGGCCUGGAGCAUAACCGUGGACACCAACUCCAAACACACCUCAGCCACCGUCACAGUCACACGGGUGGACGAAGAGACCGCCCUGCCCGAGAGCGGGGAAGAGGUGUUCAACUGGCUGUUUGAGGUGGAAGAAGGUGUGGCACAUGAGGACGGGGGUCAAGUGAGCUGGCAACUGCGCUACCUGGGCAACGUGGGUACAGCCAGCACCACUGGAGAGGGCUCUGCAGAGGACAGCGUCAAGAUGACCUCCCGCCUCGACAUCCAGAAGGACGACGUACAGGCCGUGCUGCUCGUUGCCAAGUCCAGCCAGCUGCUGAACACGGCGGUGUUGACUGGCAAGCAGGUCUCUCAGCCCAUGAAGGUGUUUGUGGUGAGCCAGUCCGGGUUGCUGGGCGACGUCACCCUGCAGUCCUCCUGCCACUCGGCCGACGAGUCGAUCCUCAAGGUGUCGCCUUCGUGCACGUCCGUGUACCUGGACGGCUCGGAGGUGCGGGGCUCUCAGAAUGCGACUGUGCUGGUCAAAUACGGCACGUACACGGGCCAGACUCACUUCCUGGUCUGGAUGCCGGAGCUCCCGCUGGAACUGCGUCUCUCCGACACCAAGCUGAGCCAGGUGCGGGAGUGGCGGACCCCACACAAGCACAAGAGGUGCAGAAGCUCGUUGCUGCAGAGGGACAUGGACUGUCGCAGCAAUUGGCAGCGCAACAAGCGACGUAUCAACAAGUGGGAUAAGACGGAAGGUGUGGCCUGCCGGUUGCGCUUCCAGCAGGCGAGGGUGGAGGUGUACACGCGCUUCCUGAGCGUCGACCACAACUCCGGGCGCGAGGCCUACCUCCUGGGAAGGCGCACCCAGGUCUCUGUCACACACCUGGUGGCACCCUUUGUCCGCGUGGCGGACCCGCACGUGGCCACCCUUCAGGACACCGUCAUCAGGGGAAUGCGAGCCGGACGCACCGAGGUCCAGGUGCUGUCCCCAAUCACGGGCAAGGUGCUGGGGGCAGCAGAGCUGCGCGUGAGCACGGACAAGGAAAGCAUCACGCAGCUGGACGUGCACAUGGUGACGGGGCUGUCCCUGGCGGUGAUUCCCGACGAGGCCACGCCGGGGGUGUUCCUCGCCAAGACAUCCACCUCCCACAGCCUCACCUCCCGCUACCAGGAAGGUCUCCUGGACAUGACCCUGCGCUUUUCGGACGGCACGUCGACGCCGCUGACGGACGUGGCGGAGUCGGACUUUAGCCUGACAACGAGGAGCCUGGACCGCACCGUGGUGGAACUGGCCCUGGUGGCCCCCUCGUCGGGGGGACGCGCCGCCAGGCCCCGGAUCGUGGCCGUGGGACAGGGACAGGGCAACCUGCUGCAGGUGCACCUUGAGCUGGGCGAGGCGUGCCAGCGCAAGCAGAAGGGCGACCCGCUGGCUGAGUCUCUCGGCCGGGUGGACUCGCACUUCACGGCGGACGGCGGCCGAGAGGGGCUGGACUCGGUGCCGUACCAGGACGGGGUGCGUCCCCACGAGCCCACAGUGCAAGCCCACCAGAACCGGGCAGCCCUGUCCGCCGACGGGGUGCGCGUGCUCAUCGCCUCUCCGCUCGAGCUGGGCCUCUACGCCUUGCUCGGGGUUCUGGGGCUGGCUGCCGCCGUCAUGGUCGCCGGCUGCACCGUGCUCGCCGUCAAGUACCAGAAGCAGGGGGCCGUGAGCAGUGCGGUGGCGACGGCGCCCCCGCCUCCUCCUCCGCAGCCUCGGCGGCCCGUUGCGAGCGCCCACGACUGGGUGUGGCUGGGACGGGCCACACUGGAACGCAGCUCGGUCAACACGCGCUGCUCCCAGGCCCUCAUCCCGCCCGAAGACCGCUCCAAGACUACUAUCGUUCACCUCCCGCACGCCCACCCCCCGCCCCCCGCCAACGCCAACGCCGCCGCCAUGGUCACCGUGGCGGUGGUGGCUCCAGACGACUCCAAGCGCCCCCAGCCCCGAAUUCGCACCAACCCGAUGCUGACGUUCACAAGGCCGCCACCCGUGCCGCCGCACCGGGCAGGCAAGACGACGCCCGUCGGCAGCAAGACACCCUCGCCGAAUCCACCGAUCGCCAAGACGGCAUCCCCAAACACGAAAGCCCCGUCGCCGAACGCGAAAACCCCGUCUCCAAACGCGAAGACGGCGGUGGCACCCUUUCCGAACCGGAGGGCGGGCCCAGCGCAACCAAAGGGCGUUUCUCCUGGGUCGAAGGUCGCAGGGAGGGUCAAGGGCGGAGCCAAGGGUCCGGCGGCGGGCGCCAACACGCUCGAGUGGGAGGACGUCACCAAAGGCAUGAACUAUGACCAGCUCGUGGAGUACUUUGACUCGCUCAAGGAGUCCAGUGCCUGAGGGGUCGACGUUUCUCGGCUUCGCCGCCGGCAUCUCGGGGUGGUUCUACUGCGAUGCCCGGAACGCGGCUCCGACCGGCGCGCUUACCGCGUUAAAAAAGUGGCCCCUCGAUUGCGACGCUCAACCGAUCCCUCGAGUGUCACGUCGUCGCAGGCUGGGAUCCUGACGGUGUCGCAGCGACAGUGGGCGCGGCAGACGCUCGUUCUGCUGAGGGUCGCUCUCCGGCUCUCCGGUCCAUGGAUCCUUCAGCAGCCACGGGACGGGACGCCUCGACGACGGCAACGCUUACGUUUGCUCGUGCGUCUCUCCAGCAUUUCUACGACCAACUGCCGGGACGAAAGACAUCCGACAGCGUGCCACUCUGGCUUUCGUAACAUCAUUUGUUGCCAUCUUGGCGGCGCUUUGAAUGUGCGGAUGGAAUAUCAAGCAAACCAGUCGGAGACACGUUCCAGCAGGCGUAGUUCUACCGUUGUCGGUACACACGUUUCUAACGAAUGGUUGGAGAGGAACGUUGGGGUUGCAGCCAUUUUACGAGGACAGUGCCUCGUUGUUCGUGCGGGCGUCCGUCUCCUUGGUGGGGAAGGGCCCAUUCUUGUGGUGCCGACGUUGCUUUCGGGAGCACUUUUUGUUUUUUGUGCUCCAGGUUCGGGUUGUGCGGUGGCCAUUUUUGGAAGCUGAUUUUGGAAGGUGGAAGAUGAUUCCGAUUGGUAGGUUACUAAAGCGAUAGAUGAGCUAUUUGCAGUGUCACUUGCUCUUCGAGCAUUCGGUUUAGAACUGAAAUUGGAUUUGCCUCAAAGACGGGAGUUAAAAUCCGAGUAUCUUAUCGAAGUAUGGUAUGAAAGUUCGGAGUUUGUAUAAGUGCCUGUGUUGGAAGUAAUUUUGAAUUGUUGAAGCUAUACACUUAAACUAAGACUUUCAUAAGUGUGCAUAUCUUGCUGCGAUAGGCAAGGAGAAAAAAAGCAUUUUUCUUUUAAGUUGAAUUACAUGAACUCUGUGCCACGAUGCAGAAAGCUAAUUUACUACUUUGCUUAUCUAUAUAUGGGAAUUUGAGUUUUUUUUUUGUUUUCUAAGUACCUGCAGACGUAAAGGAUAAGUCUGUUAAGUUUGUUUUUGUCGUUAGUCGACCGCUUUUGUAUAUGUUCCCUCGCAAAUACCAAAAAAGCCAGGAUCUCUUUUAAGAAUGGCUGCCUCGAAGCUUUAAAAAGCAAAACGAAGCUGCUCCAAGGCAGCUACUUAGGUGAGAUGACAUUUCUAUUAUAGCCAUUGUCAUGUGGCAUUAUAAAACAAAAGGUUUACACCUGCAUAUUCUGUGACAUGCACCUCUUUAUGUGUGCAAUUGUUUUAAUUUUGCUUAUUUUUUGUACAAAACCUUUCAACGGUGUUGUCUUCAUUUUAAAAUUUCCAAUGAAGUUUCAUACCAAAGAUCUCAGCAUUUGUUUUUUUGCACAUCAGCAGAAUUUUUGAACGGUUAGCUACGUAGUCACCUUUGCAAAGUGUAGCGAGUCGGACAUGUCCGCGUACCGACGCUUGGUGCCAGCACCAGGCACUACCACAGCGUCUGUUUCCCCAACUCUUCUCGAGAUGUUUUAUAUUUGCGUUCCUAUCACUUUGGACCAAGGUACUUUGAGAAUUCCAAAUGUGCUUCACAAUGCCCCACGGUGUUCCUCACACUGACACCUUUCCACAGUGUUGCAUCGCGCUCUUCCUUCCGUGAGAAUUUUGUAGUUUCACUUCUGUACAGGCUUUGAGUGUCUCGCACUUCUCUGUGCUCUCUCACACGGGCAGCCAGACAGUGGACGUGCAACUGCUGAGGGAUCGAAAAGGGAAAAUUGAAUGCAGCUACCCACUUUCAUGUAAAAAUACUAUAAGACAACUUGACUCGCAUGGAAAACUCAUUUGGUCUCUAUCCGUAACAACUGGACAAUGCCCGUCAAACAAAUUUUACAUCUGGCGAUGUACAGUGAAAGACGUGCAGUUAGCUAACUUCCUACCGAUUCUGCAAGUUUAGGUGGGUCUGGUACAAUGAUAAGGUGAGGCAUCAAUGGAGAUAUUAUGAUUCGAGUGCUGAGAACAGGCUGAACCAGGAGCGCAACACGUUGGUUCCAGACUUGGAAGCAUUGUCACGCGAAUCGUGGGAAUGCCUCCGAGGUCGCUCACAUGCCACUGCCCCUUGUCUAAAACAUGACGAUUCCUGUUUCACUUGUGUGCAAUUUAAUACAAUAUUGUUUAGUCUAAUGUGUGUAUAUCGGUUGCACACAUCAAUGUAAUAAUACUCAAUUUUCGCACUCAUUUUAAGAGUGGGUCACAAAGGAAAGCACCACAGAGGCAGCUCGGGCGUGUUACUUGUCGUGUGGCAAGUCACUUUUUGGGCCACAAAUGUAACUGCAAAUGGAAUCUCGCUGCCAAUGCAUUGUAGUCUUAGAGCCACGUGCUUGCAAAGCUUUUGGCACGCUCGUUGCUAUGAACAAACAAUUACUGUGCGCACUUUGCAGAGCUUGCAUCACAAUCUCAUACAAUCUAUCUAUGCUCCGCUGUUGCAUGAUCUUAAGUGGAGUUUGGUUGCACCACUUGAAGGAUCUGAUUGUUUGCAAUUGUUUGUGUUUUUUUUUUCUCAACAACGCAUUAUUUUAUUGUUUUUGUCUCGUUAUUAAGACCUUGCAGGAGGUCGUUUUUGCAGCGCGGUCUGUUCAGUCAUGUUUUAUGCCAAAUAAUUUCCAGGGCUCGCGUCAUGUUUCUCCAAAGGUUGAUCUGGGGUUUGUUUGGACACAUGUUAUGCAAUGCAAGCAUCAUUUCACCCCUGGCGUUGAUGGAACCAGUGCGACGUUUGCAGCAGGCCCGAAUCUGCCGAGUCAUUUUCCCCGCGUAAGGUGGGUCACCUUUUUUUUACCUGAGUGCUGCAUUUAGGACCUUUCUUGGGGGUUGUUUAGUCUCAGCCACAUCUGUACAGAAAGCCAUUGUCAUGUCUACAGACUGCUGCAAAGCUUCUAAUUUAUUUUGCAUGUUUGUACAGUCCUGGUGAACCCUGUGUGGUCAUACCCAAAAUGCUGUUAGAGUUCAUGUACUCUAGUCACAAGGGUCGUUUCUUUUUGUACUUGUACCCACAAGCCAAUAAAGAUCGAGCCCUUGAUGUGUGGA